UCAGCUGUUCGGGGAUGCGGAACGAAUUUGCUCCCCGAAGGAUGUUCUGGAUUCCAGCUUCGGUCAGGACUAUGUCGAGUUGAAAGAUGCCGAAAACACGCUGGUUGGAGGCCUGGAGGAUGUGGAAAUAACCUAUGAGGUCGUGGAUAUUCGGGAACAGGAAGGAUACCUGUAGGACUGCUAAACAAACGAGCAAAAGGGUGGCUCAACAAUUCGAACAGAAGAAAGCUAAAUUCGAUCUGAUAGUCUUUAUUCUGAACAAAAUGUUUUCAUUCGUUUUUCUGAAAGUAAUACUGGCAGCCCUGCGCUACCACCAGAACUACACCGGAAAGAUCGAUUUCGAGAACUUUUAUAUAACGGAGUACUUUCGACAUGUGGAUCAACGGAGGAAGAAAGAGGGGAAGUUGGGCCUUUUGCCGUUGAGGAAGAUAGAAGCUUCAAACAUGGUGAAUCUGAAAUCAAAAGCUUGUAAGCAGAUGGAAAUUCGAAAAAUCUUGGUCUACCUCAUAUUAUUGCUUCUGCAGACAAUUUCCGCUACUAUUUUCAUUCUAAUGGAUCAUUUGUUCUACGAAACGCUGCAUAUUGUUGCCGAACGAUCCCGAGUAGAUUUUACCCAAGAAGGUUUUCACGAUGUGAAUGUCACCGUAAGUGGAGAUGGACUAAUUGCCCGUAUGGUUCGUCGAUCGGUCGAGGGAAUGAACAUGGAGGUGAAACUAAAUCUGAUCACCAAUAACGAAGAGUGUUUGCCUCGACCCUCGAAACUUGAGGUAUGGAGUUUUGUACAAAUCUAUUCGCUACUUCUGGGGAUCGCAAUCCUCAUUCUGAACGAGGCAUAUGUCAACCGAUUGAGGCGUCUGAUUUGCGCUUGGUUCUAUCCGAAGCGUGAGAGGCAGCGUGUCCUCUUCCUUUACAACCGGAUGUUGAAACGUAGGAAAACUUUGCGACAAAUGUUGAUUCAACGAAUGCAGGAACAAAUUAGAAGACAUCGAUACGGAUCAACGUUGGAUUUCCUAGAUCGUGUUAUAUUUUUCUACCCAAGCUGCUGUGGCUGGUUGAAAUUUGUGAGGAAAAAAGCUUGCAGCAUUUGCGACUCGAGAGGUGCCAAUCAUUACAACGACUGCUCGAGUUAUGAUUGCUUUCUUACUUACUGCGACGACUGCUGGAUCGAUCUCGGACAGACUUGUCUAGCCUGUCAAGAGCUAGGCCAGAGGGAGCAUGAUUGUGGCCUCUUUGAUUAGAAGAAAGCCAAUAGACACCCGGACAGUAAUGGCGUUUUCAAGUAUCAUUUCCUCAGCAUGCUCUUCCGAUCAG